UGCUGGUGGGCGAGGAGGGUUCAGCCCGCGGGAAACGCAAACAUGCCGACCAGUUGUUGUGCGCUGAAUUGUACUAACCGGAAGGAUAAAGGCAGUAGAAAGAAGUUUUUUAGAAUCCCUGCGGAACCAGGACGAAGGGCUGCAUGGCUUAGAGCCUUAAAAAGGUCAGAUUUUGAGCAGGGAAAGAAAAACCCGACCGCGGCGUGGACACCACGAGGCCACGAGAGAGUGUGCAGCGACCAUUUCAUCUCAGGGAACCCUUCUAAAGACCCUGCAGAUCCAGAUUACGUCCCAAGCUUGUUUAACCUCCCAACCUCAGCAAGUUGCAAUCGUUCAAGAAACCCAGUUGCCAAGAAAGAUCGGUAUAUGCGUGCAGCAAAAAGGCUGCGGGUGUCAUCAGAGAAUGAAGCCCCACCUACAUCACUAAAUGAUGAAGAAAUGAUCGCUGACCCUCCUCCUGAAAGUGUAGAGACUCUGAGAGACCCCCUUCCUGAAAGUGUAGAGACUCUGAGAGAACAGCUCACAAAAGUACAAGAGGAGAAAUCACUGGCAGUGGGACACAGCUUCCUCAGUUGUGAGAAAGCAGAAGCGGUCUCUUCUUCACUGAGUGGUGGCACAUCACACUGCGGCUUCCGGCGCGCCUUCUUGAUCUGGACUCCAUGUUUAGGGUGCGAAAAGUCCAUGUCCUCAGCCCUUUGUGGAUCAACCUGAAAGAAAUAAUCCACAAAAUGAAUUAUCAAUAAUAUAUGUGAGAAAAAGCAUUAUACAGUGGCCAUGUCAGAUAUUACACUUUACAAAGAGGAACAUCUUAGCCUGCAGUCCAACCUUGUUGUGCUUUAGUUCGCUCCCAAAGGUCGCUACCCCAUGGCAUUGACGGGGUAGCCACCGUUGGGAGUGGACUAAAGCACAACAAGGCUGGACUCCAGGCUAGGAACAUCUACUAUAUUGCUGUAAAUCUAUAGUGUAGUGCUAUAUAUUGUGAAUUGGAUACAUGUAAAUGCCACAUGAUUUUGUAGAAGCAAA